AUGCAAGAAAUGUCGUCGAACGAGAUUGUGUUUUUCGAUUUGGAAACAAACGUCCCAAGAAAACCUGGACAAAAAUUCUGGGUGUUAGAGUUUGGAGCUAUGGUGGUUUGUCCACGAAAGCUACUCGAGCUCGAGAGUUAUUGCACGUUGAUUCGACCAGGUGACUUGACCGCGGUCGGGGUGAAUCCUGCAAGGUGUCAUGGGAUAUCAAGGGGGACGGUUUUAGAAGCUCCUUCUUUUGAAGAAGUUGCUGAUAAAAUAUUUGAGAUUUUGAAUGGUAGGAUUUGGGCUGGACAUAAUAUUCGACGGUUUGAUUGCGUUAGGAUUAAAGAAGCGUUUAAGGAAAUCGGUAAGCCUUCACCUGAGCCCGUAGCAUUGAUUGAUUCUCUAGGGGUUUUGUCUGAGAAAUUCGGAAGGAGAGCCGGUGAUAUGAAAAUGGCUUCAUUAGCUACUUAUUUUGGACUUGGUGAACAAAAACACAGGAGUCUUGAUGAUGUUCGAAUGAAUCUUGAAGUUCUCAAGAAUUGCGCGACGGUGUUGUUUCUGGAAUCGUCCCUUCCUGGCAUUCUUGAGAAUCAAUGGCAACAUAAUUUGGCUUCCAACAUCACAACAAGAAGCAGAAGCAAUGUUGUAAUGGAACCAAGCAUACCAAGCACGACAACGAAAAUGAAAAAAAGAUGGCCUCAAGAGGCAACUCCAACGAUGACAACAAGAAGUAGAAGCAAACCAAAUAAUGGCGAAGAAAAAAGUCGGAAAUCUCCUCCUUCUGUACUCAGCCGUCGUCGAGUCGUCCCCUAUCCAACCGGAAGUCUUGGACAGAUGACAGAAAAGGUGAAGAAUAUACUUUGUAAUGCACGAAACACGCCAUUGAAUAAUCUCCUCAAGCAUUCUCAUACCCUGCUUAGAUGAAACGAACAAAUCGAAAUCUCUCGUUUUGUUCGAACUUCAGCCAUGGACGACUUGAAGCUAUGAAAUGAAAAUUCAUAUAACAGCCACAAGGAGCCAAAGUUGAAGUUCAUGGCAUGAUCGAUCGGUAUAUAGAUUCAUAGAUUGUUUCUUAUUUGAUUCAUUGAAAUUCUUUGGUUUUUCUUAUUGUACAUACAUAACUAUUGACUAUGUAAAGCAUCUAGUAACAUAA